AUGCAUCGGGGAAACAGCCCUUGCUUUGUCGACCUCUGCAUUCCGAUGCAUCACCUCAGGCGGUCAACUGGAAAAAGUCUUACGAAAAAGCUAUUAAAAGGAGGUAUGUAAAUAGCUUAAGAAAUUUUUGUAUUUUCGGAGUAUCAAGAAUAUUGUUUUCAGGAAUCAAACUAUCAACAAAAAAGUUCUGUGAGGAAGAAGAUGACCUAAUCAAGAGGAACUGGGCGUCAUACUGUGAAAUCACUGGCGCCUAUGAAGUCAGAGAAGGCCAAACAAUCCUUGGACAGGCCGGUUUAAAGGGCAAAAAACCCGUAAAGGACAGGUUGUUCUACCCUACCUUGUGCCGAGGAUUGUUAAAUCGAACGUGCGCUCAAGUGUUAAGGCGCGCGCGUAGACUCUUCAAGGUCUCGGAGAGCAAACCUAUGAGAGAGAAUCAGCUGAAUACCGAAGAACUGGCUGCGCAGAAGUUUUAUCGUAAGUUCCCGGAAUGUACACAAGAUAAUGCUUUUUUUCAGAUGCCAUGUCGAAGGCCUUUGGUCACGACGCAGUUGAGGUCGCCGCCAUGGAUAAAGGAGAACGACGAAGCUAUAAGGAGAAAGUCCGAUGGAAUGAAAUUAGUAGUCAAUGUGGCUGGUCCAUAGAAAGGUCUCGGGCCUUUUGGUAAGGCGCAUAUACUUUUUUUUACAUUAGAAUUUUGCUAAUCAAAAAUAAUUUUGUCGUUUUAGGAAACAAGUUAGGAGCUUUUCAAGGCUUUGGCGCAAGGAGAAUAUGACAGCGGACCCCAGUUUGAUUGUGAACGCGAUGCCCGAUUCGCUGAUGAAGCGUGCCUUUUUGUCAAAGCCCUUCUUACGGAAGGUAUACUCUUCAAAGGAGCUUUUGCAAGCUUUGACUAGAUUCAUUGAGGAGAAAGAAGUUUGGCUGAAGAGAAAGUUCGACAUAUCUCAGAUACCGAAAAAGUUCGUUGUUUAUAUUUUUCAUCUUUUCAUAUUUUAUCUUUGCGACUCUACUUUUUGCCUUAUUUUUAGAUUUAUCAAGAAAAACAUCGAGGUCUUUGGUUUUUCGAAGUGCCGACUCAUGGCAAGAAAAAUACAAAAGUGGACUCGGAUGUGUGAGAAUGCAAACCUCUUCAACGAUUUGAAGUUCAGCAGGGCUUCGUUGUACUGUAAGUCUUUCGUUUCUUUCGUUUACUUCUGCGACUAUAAAUUACCUAAAAAAUUAAUUUCUUAUUUUUUAGUUAAGUUAAAGGCCCUAAAAAGCCACGUCAAGCGGCAGAUCAACGAGGGAGAACUCGCGAGCAAUCUUGUCGAUGACGUUUAUGCGUAUCUCAUAAAGAAACGAUGGUACCAGCGUGAACCGGAAGUAUCGGAUUAG